GCCAACCUGACCCCAACGCCAUCAUGGCUGAUCAACUCGACAUGGGUCGUCUCAACAUAAACGACUCGCAACACAACUCCCAGAACGGCUUCAGCGGCGAGCGUUCUGCCUACAUCCCCCCUCACCUUCGCGGCCGCCAGGGCGGACCCGGAGGCCCUGCACAAAUGGAUGGCCCGCCCAUGGCCAACGGGGGCGGUGGCGGCGGUCUCAACAGCAGCGCCUGGGGACCAGGAGGUCACGGACCCCCUCCCAUGAACGGCAACGGCAACGGUGGCGGCGGCUGGGCCAACGCACCUAACUUCACCCCUCGCGGUCCCCCUGGCGGUGGAUGGGGCGGUGGUGGUGGUCACCGUGGCGGCGGCGGCGGCUUCGACUCCAACGGCUACGGCAAGUCUGGUGGCGGUGGUGGCAGUGCUCGUGGAUCUGGUGACGGCGCCUGGAAGGAUGGCAAGCAUGUUCCUGGCCCGCCAAACCCACGUCUUGAGCGCGACCUCUUCGGCGUCCCCAACGACCCGUCGAAGCAGCACACCGGCAUCAACUUUGAAAAGUACGACGACAUUCCCGUCGAGGCCUCUGGUCAGGGUGUGCCCGAGCCCGUCACGCGUUUCACAAACCCGCCUCUGGAUGACCACUUGCUGAGCAACAUCGAGCUCUCCGGAUACAAGGUUCCUACCCCUGUACAAAAGUACUCGAUCCCUAUCGUCAUGGGUGGUCGUGACCUCAUGGCUUGUGCCCAGACUGGUUCCGGAAAGACUGGUGGUUUCCUCUUCCCCAUCCUCGCCCAGGCUUUCCAAAACGGACCUUCUCCCCCUCCCCCAACAGCACAGGGCGGCUACGGACGUCAGCGCAAGGCCUACCCCACCUCUCUUGUCCUCGCCCCCACCCGUGAGCUGGUCUCUCAGAUCUUCGACGAGGCCCGCAAGUUUGCCUACCGCUCCUGGGUUCGUCCUUGCGUCGUCUAUGGUGGUGCCGACAUUGGCUCCCAGCUCCGCCAGAUCGAGCGCGGCUGUGACCUGCUCGUCGCCACACCUGGUCGUUUGGUCGACUUGAUUGAGCGUGGCCGCAUCUCGCUAGCUAGCAUCAAGUACCUUGUUCUUGACGAGGCCGAUCGCAUGUUGGACAUGGGUUUCGAGCCUCAAAUUCGCCGCAUUGUUGAGGGUGAGGACAUGCCUCCUGUCGCUGGUCGCCAGACGCUCAUGUUUUCGGCUACCUUCCCUCGCGACAUCCAGAUGCUCGCCCGCGACUUCUUGAAGGACUAUAUUUUCCUUUCGGUCGGUCGUGUCGGUUCCACUUCUGAGAACAUUACCCAGAAGAUCGAGUACGUCGAGGAUGUCGACAAGCGCUCUGUUCUCUUGGACAUUCUCCACACCCACGGCGUUGGUCUCAGCCUGAUCUUUGUCGAGACCAAGCGCAUGGCCGACUCACUGUCCGACUUCCUUAUCAACCAGGGCUUCCCUGCCACCUCGAUCCACGGUGACCGCACCCAGCGUGAGCGUGAAAAGGCGCUUGAGAUGUUCCGCUCUGGACGCUGCCCUCUUCUUGUCGCGACUGCUGUUGCUGCUCGUGGUUUGGAUAUUCCAAACGUCAAGCACGUCGUCAACUACGACCUGCCCACCGACAUUGACGACUACGUCCACCGCAUUGGUCGUACCGGUCGUGCCGGAAACACUGGUAUCGCAACUGCAUUCUUCAACCGUGGCAACCGUGGUGUCGUCCGCGACCUUAUCGAGCUGCUAAAGGAGGCGAACCAGGAGGUUCCCGGCUUCCUUGAGUCCAUCGCUCGUGAGGGCUCUGGCUUCGGCGGUCGUGGUGGACGCGGUGGCGGCCGUGGCCGUGGCAACGCUGCUACUCGUGACGUUCGUCGCAUGGGCGGUGGUGGUGGCGGCUUUGUUCGUGAUGCAUGCCUUUGCGGAAAAGGCAACAGUCCUGCCGUCUAUGCUCGAGCUCGACGGAUGUACGUCGAAGGGUAUCGUAUGCGAGAAGAGCUCGAAAUAGGCAGAGAGCCGCAGAAAAACAGUCGCUGUCUAUAUGCUGGUUGGGGUAUAAGAUUCCAGAUUUCCGCAUCGAUCCGCGGUAACCGGGAAAGAUUCGCAGAAACAAAAAAACCGAAACUGUAG